CUGUCAUUUUCACAACUCAAAACUUAUUAGAUUCUAAAGAAUGAUGCAUCUAAUAGCUAAUUAACACUUAAAAAGGUUUUUUUUUUUAUAAAAUAUUUGCAUGUAACAGACAGGAGAGGACUCAGAUUCGCCUUUUCUCAGACAAAUUAGAGGAAACAGUACUCAUCCGCCAUGGCUGCUAACUAAGUUUUAUCCUUAUAUAGCCCUGCCAUGAAAGAGAGUGUUACCACAAUGUCUGGUCUAUUGACUUCUUAAGAAUCAUCAUUGUUUCCCAAUAAGAAGAAGAAGAAGAAGAAACAGAAAACAAGGAAGAUCAGAAAUGGUGGCGGUGAUGGCGAUGGUGAUGGUGGAGAUGAUUCAUCACCACUUUUUAAAGUGGUUCAUCAAGAAUGAUUUUGAAUCAUCGGCGCCGCUUCCACCGGAAGCCAAAAUAACCUCCGGGAGCAGAGCCUCAUACUUAAACUAAUGACAGCGAAACCCUAAAAAAUC